AUGGGCUCUGAUGGCAACAAGGGCCUCAGUCAAGCUGUUCUACUAGACUUCUUUGCUAAGCUACUUCCGCCUCAAGCGAGCAAUGCAAGAGAUAAGCUCAUCUACCAUCAGCCAGGAAGGCGUCGUCCUUUCCAUCAUCUGCUGCUGAGCAUCACUGCAACAGAGGGGCUCUAUAGCCGUCUCACACCAAACACAUGUCUGUUUCUGCAUCGCCCUUGGGCCCUCGAUCGACAUCGCGUGCCACACGGCUGUCUAGUCUUGUCGAGCCAUUUUCGCUUCGAUGAGACACUGACUGUUGGUUUCAACCCGCACUUGGCUGGCUUGUUGGGUUGUAAGGUUGAAACCUUAGUCACGCUUUCCGGAUACAAAAAUGAUCCGGAGAGGCGUAUUGGAAUAUUGGGUGUAUUGCAAGAUUCACAGAGUUUGCAUGACUUACAGAAUCGCUUGGCGCACAUCUUCCAAGAAGAGGCGCUGGAGACCGUCGCGUCAGGGUCGAAAGGUGUCCUGCGAGCUGUCGCUUUGAUGAAUGCAUUCGGAGAAGAGCAAGUCAAUCAAGUUGCCGAGCACUUUUGGACGACGUGUAACGCAUUUGAUCCUGUGCCUGCCAGCCAAGUACUUUACAUCACUGGCGAGCCACGGCCUGCGGGUUUAGAAAGAUCAGCAGCUUUAGGUAUGCCUGUUAUCUUCAUCGGACAUCGCGCAGCUGAAGCUUGGGGUAUUCGCAGACUUGCAGAGCUCUUGCAAGUCGAGUUUCCAGAUUGCCUUGUGGAGGCUUCCUUUGAGCCAGAGGCACAACCUGCGCUGAAGCCUGAAUCGCAGCAACAGUCGAUUGAACCAUAG